AUGGCCCAUGCCGAUGCAGCUAGUAUAGACACAAACAAAUCAAAACAAGAAAUAUAUGAUAGCAUUAUAGAAAAUCUAGCUAGUCUGUUGGCUGGGAGAAGCAACUGGAUCAGUAAUCUUUCAAACGCUGCUUCAAUACUCUUCUGGACAUUAAAAGAAAUCAACCAGGUCAAUUGGGCAGGCUUCUACAUUCACAACAAGUCAACAAACAUCUUAGAGCUCGGUCCUUUCCACGGAUUACCUGCGUGCCAAACUAUCAAAGCUGAAGUCAAUAAGGGCAUUUGUGCAGAUACGUUCUGCAAUGCUAAUCCGAUCUUAGUACCAAACGUGGACGAAUAUCCCGGUAAACACAUUGCAUGCGACUCAACAACUAAAUCUGAACUAGUCGUACCUCUAUUUGCAUCAUCUGGUACUUGUGUCGGCGUUAUGGACUUUGACAGUCUCACUCUCAAUGGCUUUGAAGAGGUUGAUAAGGUCAACAUGGUCAAAAUAGCAUCAUUACUCGCAAAUCAUUGCGAUUUUACUAGUUUAUUAUAA